AAAGCAUAAACAAAAAUUAUAUCACAAUCAAUGGCCCUACCAGAAAAAAAUAUAUACUUGCUUUUUCACUUGACCCCAGGCCAAGGCCAGUAGAAAAGUGUGUGUUGUACAGUUCAUGUACAGUGUAUGCAUGAUAUUGCAUGCUAACUUUGACAUUCACAAAAUCAAGCAGUUUCCAGAAGGAUAUUGUUCAAUUUAUAGUUUAAAAGGUAUAAUCCACACUGAAAUGGCAGACAAACUAAAAUUUAUAACAUAUUUAUCUCCUGGAAUACCAGUGCAAUUAUUUGAAACAAUUAUGCAUUACCUGGAGGAGGUGACAGGGAAACAGACAUACUUAAUCCAUGAGUCCAGAUGGAGUGGUCCCCCCUUAGACAGAGAAGACCCUUUCACAGCAAAUGAAGCAGAUAUUGGAUUUAUGUGUUCACCCGGAUUUCUGAGACUUGCACAAGAGAAAAAAGAAGUAGAACUUUGCCAAGCUGCACCAGUAUAUAACCAUGUUAGAGGAGAACAAAAACCUGUUUAUUUCUCUGAUGUUAUAACAGUCAAUGAUGAUAGUGGGACAAAACAGGAGUUUAAAGAAUUCACAGAUUUAAAAGGAUUCUCAUUUGCAUUUAAUGAACCAAUGUCAUUAAGUGGUACAUUAAUAGUGUUAGGAGAGCUAAAGAAGAGAGGGUACAAUUCCACAUUCUUUGGAAAUACUCUGCAAUCAGGUUCCCAUAGAAAUUCAAUCAAGAUGGUGUUAGAUAGGAAGGCAGAUAUUGCUGCUAUAGACUCCAACACAUUACAUUAUUACUUACAAGAACAUCCUGAAGGGAAGGACAAGAUCAAAGUUCUGACAUCUUUUGGGCCUCUACCUAUACAUCCUAUUGUAUUUAAUAAAAGAUUACCAGCUGAAUUAAAGAAAAAGAUAACAGAUGCUUUGUUAGAUCUACACAACAAACCAGAAUGGAUGAACAAACUGAGAGAAUAUAAUAUAUUCAAAUUUACUACUGUAGAUAUGUCCCAUUAUGACAUGGAAAUUAAUCUCUUGGAUGCUGUAAAAAAUCUAAAAAUAGCAGCAGCUUAUUAUUAGGUUAUAAAUUGUUAACACUUAUACUGCUGUUGUAGAUAUACAUUGUUUUAUGACACUUCAAUUAAGAUAUUGUAAAAAAAUGGGGCUAAAAACAAAAGCGGAAUUACAUAAUUGUUUUAAAGGAUUUAUUUUUUAUUGAUCAGAAUGUAUUGUAUUUUUCUAAAAUCAUUUUGUUAUAUUAUAUUUUAUUUUUAACAUUCCUGUAUGAUACACAUACAAAAUCAACAGAAAACAAAAAGAAUACAAUGUCUGCAUAAAAACUUGUAGGAAAUGUAUGUUUCAUUUUAAAACAUUCAUGAUUCCCUUUUACCCUUGAAAUCCACAAAAACUGGUAUCCAGACAAAUUUUGAUGACUCCGCCAGAAUCGAUAUGCUCAUAUUUUGAAAUAAAUUUUGUUCUGAAUCUAGUUGUUUAUAUAAGGCUGUAUCUGUUCUAAAUCAGCUGUUCUAUAUAUUUUCUUGUUGUUUGUGUUUUUCUAACAGUAUUAUAUCGGUUUCUAUUGACAAAGGUGCAAUAACACCAUAAAAGGCUUGGUAUAUAAAUUAAUAGCUUAAACUAUUUAUAUUUACUCUGUACAUUUAUAAUCUAAUAAAAUGAGGAUUUUGAUAUCAUAGUUAAAAGUUAAUUUUGGAAUUAAGUCUUAAGGUUGAAAUAAUAUAUAUAAUUGUUCUUUAUAAAGCAAAGUUAUAAAAUUAAAUUUACAGUUUACAUUAUUUAACAAAAUAUUAAAUAUUUCAGUAAAACUUCAUAAAGCCAACCCUUCAGCAGAAAAAUAAUAUAAGAACAUCAUGAUAGUGAUUUAGUUACAAAAACAAAUAUCAUGUUGAACACAAUAAAAGGCCUGCACAGGAGUCAUUCUAAAAGCUCUUCUCAUAUACGAGUGCUGUAUACUGCCAAAAUUGUUAAAGUCUUUGGUUGUAUUUUAUUUAGGUAUGCCAUAUUUUGAACUUUUUAUUAAUUCAUUGAAACAAUUAAUUCAUCAAAUAUAAUAUUGCCAGAGUUUAACAUUUUAUCAAAAUUGAUUGA